GACAGCAGGGACGCUCGCUCGUCGCAAUGUGUUGUGGCCGUGAUUGUUUGUUGUUAUGAUUCCCAUGAGGCUUGUGAGGGCACAGUACGAGGACCUCGGAGACGCUGAACAAGAUGGCGAGGCCUCGUUGCAUCGGUGGUCGCGGCGACUGUCGCGGGCGGUGUCGCGCGCACGCCGCUGGCUGGUAUACCAGAUAGGCGCCCGGCCACAAUACGAGGAUGAGGCGACGACGUCGGGCGUGACGGACGGCGCGGCGGACGAGGCCAACCGCGUCAUCUUCGUCAACCGCCCGCAGCCGCAGAAGUUCGUCAGCAACCGCAUCUCCACCGCCAAGUACAGCCUGCCGUCGUUCGUGCCACUGUUCCUGUUCGAGCAGUUCCGGCGGUACUCGAACUGCUUCUUCCUGCUGAUUGCGCUGCUGCAGCAGAUCCCCGACGUGUCGCCCACUGGCCGCUGGACGACGCUCACGCCGCUCGUCCUCAUCCUAAGUGUCAGCGCGCUCAAGGAGAUCGUCGAGGAUUUUAAGCGUCACCGCGCGGAUGACGAGACGAACCGGCGGCGCGUGGAGGUGCUGUGCGGGGAGGUGUGGAAGGCGGUCCGCUGGGAGCGCCUGCAGGUCGGCGACAUCUGCCGCGUCCUCAACAACCAGUUCUUCCCCGCUGACCUCGUGCUGCUCGCCUCCAGUGAGCCGCAAGGGAUCUCGUUCAUCGAGACGUCGAACCUGGACGGCGAGACGAACCUGAAGAUCCGGCAGGCGCACGCGCACACCGCGCAGCUGCGCACGCCGCCGCAGCUCGCCCAGCUCGCCGCCACCCUCACCUGCGAGCCGCCCAACAGACACCUGUACGAGUUCAACGGCAUGCUGAAAGAGACCAACGCCAGCACGAUGCCGCUGAGCCUCGAGCAGCUGCUGCCGCGCGGCGCGAUGCUGCGCAACACGGGCUGGGUGUUCGGCGCCGUCGUCUACACCGGACACGAGACCAAGCUCAUGAAGAACUCCACAAAAGCGCCACUGAAGCGGUCGUCCAUAGACAAGGAGACGAACACGCACAUCCUGCUGCUGUUCGGUAUCCUGCUGGCGCUGUCGCUGCUGAGCGCCGCGUGCUCAGAGCUGUGGCUGCGCCGCCGCGGGCCCGCCGACUGGUACCUCGGCCUCGAUGAGGCACAGAACGCAAAUUUCGGAUUCAACUUUUUAACCUUUUUAAUAUUAUACAAUAAUCUUAUACCUAUUUCUCUACAAGUUACUGCCGAAAUCGUGCGAUUUUUUCAAGCGAAAUUCAUAGCGAUGGAUAGCGAGAUGUACCACGCGGAGUCGGACACGCCUGCGCAGGCGCGCACCUCCAACCUCAACGAGGAGCUGGGCAUGGUCAAGUACGUGUUCAGCGACAAGACCGGCACCCUCACCUGCAACGUCAUGGAGUUCCACAAGUGCUCCAUCGCCGAGACGAUGUACUCGCGGCCGGCGGCGGGCGAGCGGGCGGAGGACACGCUGCUGGCGCAGCGGCUGCGGGAGGGGGGGCAGGUGGCGGGGGACAUCGACGAGUUCCUCACCAUGCUCGCCGUCUGCCACACAGUCAUACCCGAGCCCCGCGCCACCGAGCUCGACUACCAUGCCGCUUCACCCGACGAGCGCGCGCUCGUGUUGGGCGCGGCGUCGUUCGGGUACGUGUUCGAGGCGCGCACGCCGAGCACGGUGACAGUGCGCGCGCGCGGCGAGCCCCGAACGUACACCGUGUUGCACGUCAUCGCCUUCACAUCCGCCCGCAAGCGAAUGUCCGUUAUCGUGCAAGACGAGAAAGGCAACAUAAAGUUGUACUGCAAGGGAGCUGACUCGGCGCUAUACCCGCGGCUGGCGGGCGGCGCGGGCGCGCAGUACGCGGCGGGCACGCUCGCGCACCUACAGCGGUUCGCCACGGAGGGGUUACGCACGCUCGUGUUCGCUGUCGCCGAUAUACCCCUCCCCGUCUAUCAGGAAUGGGCGAACACGUACCACAAGGCGAGCAUCGCGAUCGCGGACCGCGAACAAAAGCUGGAGGAGGCGGCCGUGCUCAUCGAGACCAACCUGCGGCUGCUCGGCGCCACCGCCAUCGAGGACAAGCUGCAGGACGGCGUGCCCGAAACGAUAGCGGCGCUGCUGAGCGCGAACAUCCACGUGUGGGUGCUGACGGGGGACAAGCAGGAGACGGCCAUCAACAUCGCGCACGCCGCGCGCCUGCUCGCCGCGCACACGCCGCUGCUGCUGCUCAACGAGGACAGCUUAGAUGCGACGCGCGAGAGCCUGUCGCGCCACACGGCGGAGUUCGGCGAGAACCUGCGCAAGGAGAACGACGUUGCGCUCAUCAUCGACGGCAAGACGCUCAAGUACGCCACCGGCUGCGACCUCAAGAAGGACUUCAUCGACCUCUGCCUGUCCUGCAAGGUCGUCGUGUGCUGCCGCGUCUCGCCGCUGCAGAAAGCUGAGGUGGUCGAGAUGGUAUCUAGCGCGACGGGUGCGGUGACGCUGGCGAUCGGCGACGGCGCCAACGACGUGGCGAUGCUGCAGCGCGCCUCCGUCGGCGUCGGCAUAUCCGGCGUUGAGGGCCUGCAAGCUGUCUGCGCCUCCGACUAUAGUAUAGCUCAGUUCCGGUUCCUGCUGCGGCUGCUGCUGGUGCACGGCGCGUGGAACUACUCGCGCAUCUCCAAGCUCAUCCUCUACUCCUUCUACAAGAACAUCUGCCUCUACGUCAUCGAGCUCUGGUUCGCCAUAUACUCCGCCUGGUCGGGCCAGAUUCUGUUCGAGCGGUGGACGAUCGGGUUCUACAACGUGAUAUUCACGGCGCUGCCGCCCUUCGCCAUCGGCCUCUUCGACAAGAUCUGCUCGCCCGAAAUUAUGCUCAGGCACCCGGUACUAUACGCGCCGUCGCAGCAGAGGCUGCUGUUCAACGUGCGCGUGUUCUGGGUGUGGGCGGUGAACGCGCUGCUGCACUCGGUGCUGUUGUUCUGGCUGCCGGUGCUGCUGGCGGCGCACCACGUGAUGUGGCCCAGCGGCAAGGACGGCGGGUACCUAGUGCUCGGCAACUUUGUGUACACGUACGUGGUGGCGACGGUGUGCCUGAAGGCGGGUCUGGCGACGCACUCGUGGACGUGGGUGACGCACAUGUCCAUAUGGGGCUCCGUCGGCAUGUGGUUCAUCUUCAUACUCAUUUACAGCAACCUGUACCCGGCCGUGGGUAUCGGCGCGGUGAUGCGCGGCAUGGACCGCAUGGUGUUCGGCUCGCUGGUGUUCUGGUUCGCGCUGCUGCUCAUCCCGGCCGCCGCGCUGCUGCCCGAUCUGCUCAUCACUGUAGUUCACAACUCCGCAUUCAAGACUAUGACUGAGGCAGUGCGCGAGAGUGAGAUAAAGAAACGUGAUCCCGCCGCUCUCCUCGCACCACGACACUCUGAGGUCCGCGGACGCGCGUGGCGCCGCCGCACCGUGGCGCCGGCCGAUCGUCCGGCCGCGCUCGACGCCGGCCGCGCCGCGAACGGCCUGGAGCUCCAAAAUGGUGGCCGACUACAAAAUGGCGGAUCCUCGCCGCGCCGCCCGCCGCGCGCGCGAGUCUCGCACAUCGUAUGACGUCCCGCUAGCGUCGACGACAUCGACAUGGACGUCUUUGGCGUCACGAGGGACGAAACAUUCCACUGAGUGCUCCAUUUUACUGUAGCGAUUUGUACAAACUGUAAAUAGUGUUUCUAUUUUGUAUCGAUUGGUCGGUCCCAUCCGCCGAUUUUCGCUCCCACAGAAGUAUGCGAGAGUUGUGUUUUUUUUAAUUUAUCAAAACGUUCUGUGGGAUCGACGAUCGCGAGUAGGCGCCUAGACAUACUUCCAGAGCGUGCAACGCGAAUAUUUUGAUACGAUAUACUUAUACCUGUAGUUUAGGUCGGCAUAGCGUCCGGGCGGUGAGCCGCGGCGCGCUGUGGGGGACGAAGGUGCUGCGACGGUGAAUAUGCCCGGUGUGGCUAGACCCCAGCACGCAACACGAAGCGAGGUUCAAACAUUAUACACUAUUGUAAUUUCGUACAAGAUUAUUUUGAUUUAAUUAAAAAAAAUCGUUGCUACUUUUUAACAGAGCCCGAGUUAAAUAGUGUAUAUUAUUUGCACCCGGCCCGUAGUGACGCUAGACUGACGCUAGAAUAUAACUCUAGGUAGUAGGCGCCAUAUCGUUUACUCGCUCGUUCUGCUUCGCUCGCAGACCAGCGAGCCAAUGUUAGUGCGAGCGAGACAAAAAUAAAGUAAAGUUGUACAUCAUUUUGAUAUUAUAAUAAUAUAAUGUAUGGCAUUAUCUCAUUUCAUAUUAAUGUGAAUACUUGUUAUAUUUACAAAAAAAAAAUUACUAACAAAUUAUGAUAUUCUUUCACACGUUUUAAAUGUGUAUAAAGUUAUCUCUGACAUUCCUUUAUUUCAAAUAACCUUGCGGGUUAAGUUAUUUUUAAUUGAAAAAAUUUGAAUUUUAUGUUUAAGGUAAUCGAUUUUCCUGGUAAUAUCAUGUUGCAAUUGUCAGUUUUUCUUUGAAAUUGCCAGUUUUAUUUUACAUAUUUUCCUAAAAUAUGAACUAAUAAGCGAUCACGAAUUUCUUCUAAUAUAAAUCAUUAUAGACGUAAAGUAAGUGAUUUGAUCUGAAAUAUUUUUAUAUCGUAGUUCUUUCCAAUGUGUGAUAUCAAAAAUGCAUUUACAUAGUAGUCAGUGUUGUUUGAAACAUGUGUUGUGUGCCACAUAUUUUUUAUAACUUAUUUAUAAACAAUUAAAUAGUAAAAAAAUUAAGUCAAUAAUUUAAAAAAAAAGUAGAAAAUGUUUGAUAUUAUCAGUCUUCUAUUAGUCACUUUAAGUGCUGCCAUAUGACGUUAUAGACUAAUCGUUAUAAGUUUGAAAUUGGCUUACUUAAGUUGGAUAAUUCGGAUGCAGCUAAAGCGUUAUCAUCCAGUUUGGACGAACGCUUAAGCUUAGAUAGAGGCAGAGGCCUCAGGGUCAAUUCAGACCGCAACCGGACGUGUAGAUGCAUUUG